AUCAUGAGGCUGACUCGAACGAAUGAACAGCAGGCAGCAGAGAGCGAGGCGCGACUGAGCCCAGCGCAGAUUUCGUGGAGGCACGCGCUGGCCGUGGCCAGGCCGUGCCAUGAUUGACCAAAGCCAAAUCGGAGCUCGCUACUUGGAAAAGCUCGACCGGCUCCGACGAUAGAUUCCGAAAAUAGCUUCUGCUUCUUCGACUGGCUGCGCCGAUGGCGGAGCUCGAAGUUCUUUCUCCAUAGAUAAGCCGUCGGCUGAAAUUCCCCUCGCCCCCCAGCCCCCCAGCCCCCAACCCCCAGACCCUGCCCCGAUGCUCCUGCUUCGCCUGGCCUUCGUCUACCACGUCCGCUGAAAUACGAUGGCCACACUCCAUCUCCGACUCCAGGUCCAGCAGCAGCCGCUCGUCGACGAGUGCCAGUCCCAGUCCUCCACUCCCUGCACUGCUCCCGUGGCACGGUAGGAGGACGCAGGCAGGCCGAACGGCAUGGAGGGGGGCGACCGAGGAGAGAGGAGCAAGAGGGCCUUCAUGGGGAGGAGGAAACGCGAGGAUUAGGAGCAGCAGCCCACAGCAGCCUUUGGCAGUAAGCCCCUGCUCGAUUCGGGCCGGUUCUGAGUGUUAUGUCGAUCGAGCCGUGAACACUAUGUUCGGCGGCGCAGUGCGGGAACAGCUGCCCCUCUCGGAGAAGGUCUGAGCGCAAAGGGGGAGGAAGAGAGCGUUCGCCCAUGGCGGGCACUUUCGUGGCCAGAUUGAAAAGUCCUUUCCUGCGAAUUCGAAGAUGCCGAAGCUUGAAAGUCGGGUCGAACGAGCAUCAUCCGCAGGAGCCUGGUAGCUGCACUGCGGACUUCAAGCAGGCGAAGUCGCCCCCUUCUUUUCUCGAGAAGAAGGGCCGGGGAAUGGGAAUGGGGAUGGGAAUGGGAGCAGCAGCAGCAGCAGCAGGGCCGGGAGCUGGAGGAGGAGGAGGAGGAGGAGCCGACAGACUUAUCACGAGCCACCAAUCCUUGAAAGUGGUCGACUCGCCCUCCACCACCGGCAAUCACAAGCCUUCUGCCGAAUCGCUGGUGGAGUACAAGCGCCGUCGGAGCGACGUCUGCGCCCCGAGGAGGAGGAGGCGAACCUUCGAUGGGGGCAAGGGAAGAAUGUGCCGAGAUGGGUCCCUUCAAACUCUGUUCCGGGACGCAGAAUCCAGCGAGCCGAACCGCAAGAUCUUCUGCGCCGCUCCCAUCUUACGCAAACUGUCCAACUUCUUCGGGAGGAAACGCGCCGGGACUGUAUCCUGCAUCCAGGGAAUGGACUGGAGCUCCAACUUACAGAAUCACAGGCCCAGAGGUUACAAGCUCUUCUCGAAGCGAAAGCGGUCAGUGACGCUGGUCAGGUUUAAGAAAGAUGCACCGACUCAGGACGACUCGAAAUCUGGCGGCGCCGCCUCGAAGCUGAGUCCGAGGAGGACUCCUGGGAGGGAACUUCUGUCGUCGAGCCCCAUGUCCCCCCCCGUGACCCUCGCGCGGUCCGAAGAAGCGUGCCCCUUCGGUCUCGAGGACACAUCCGUCUACGACGAGAGGAUACACAUGACGGAGACGGCGAACACGACGGGCGCGAGCCCCACGCGAAGCCUGUCACCGAUCUCCCGAGAGCAGCCUACGUCUCCGAACAAUUUUGACGACGAAGAGGAAGACGACGACGACGACUUGGGCAUGGAGGAAGACGACUCGUACCUGAGGAAAUAUGGCGGAGCAUCGCAACCACCGUAUGUUGUAUUUUGUAUUCGGCCGAGGCGGUACUCGCUGGCUCCGAGCAGAUUCCAACGAGAGCAUCUGGAGAGACUGAGGAACGCAGCCAAAGUUUCGCCCUCGAGGCGGAAUUCCGAGGACCUGUGAGCGGGCAGGAAUCUCUCGGAUUUCUCUAGGGAAGGACUGGUCGGCUCGGUAUCUGCGACCGACCAUCUCGUAGCGGGCACUGACGAAUGGCAGUUCAUCAACACGGUCAGGAAAGUGGUGAGACAAUGUUCCGCGGACACUUCACAGCUGCCAUGACUGCGGGAGGACCAAUUUCAGCAGUCUCUGAUGAGCAUGAGCGGUGUCCCUGAUCUCCGAUUCUACCCCUACACGCCGGUAGCAGAUCCACGACUGUCGGGGAGCCGAACCGAACCUACGCGACGGACCGAGUCCGCGCGCCACAAAUGUACAUACCACACUUGUCUCCGUCAAGAAUUCGAGGUGGCCGACUUCAUCGUACGCCUCCUCGAUCCUGUUUCUGCAAAGCGCACGACGUGAAGGGGUUGUAGACAUGCGUUUUCACUCCUACCCCGAGUCGGUCUCUGAAGUUAGUGUACUUUGUUUUCCACCCGUCUCAGUUCUGCUCUGUAUUUUCUACUAUCUUGGCGUACGAGUGCAAAGCUCAGAUUAAUAGCUGUGGAAUCUUCGACGCAACUUACGUGCCAUACUUUUGGUUUCGAAGAAUUGGAGCUCCUUGCACUGGAAGGAUAUGUACACCGGUCGUAGGCUUUAGGGGCGAGUUACCAGCCGUCAAGAGAGAGAAAGGCCUUAAACCGCAGUUGGAUCGUAAGUUUUCUUUCCUGUGUUACGGUAGAGAGGAAGCUGGGAUUUACGUGUACAGUCGUGGAUAGAUCAUGGACAUUGUAACGUAGUUUCUGUCCCUUAUUUUCUUGUGAGAUAUGUCGAUCGAUGGAGAUCGAAUAGAGAUUGUACAACUAUUCGGGAAGGUUAGUAAAAGU